ACGGCCCCCUCGGACCCGCAGAAGAAACGCGGCAGGAGGAAACGCCUGGAGGGCAGCGAGAAAGGCAAGGACGAGAAGGAGGAAAACAACAACUUCGACAGCCUGAAAAUGGAGGGCUCUCGGGGGCGGCUCCGGGGCGGGCUGGGCUGGGAGUCGAGCCUGCGGCAGCGGCCGAUGCAGCGGCACACCUUCCAGGCAGGGGACCCCUACUACAUCAGCAAGAGGAAACGUGACGAGUGGCUGGCACGCUGGAAGAGGGAGGCCGAGAAGAAGGCCAAGGUGAUCGCCGUGAUGAACGUGGUGGAGGAGCCGGGCGCGGCGCAGGCGCAGAAGGAGGAGGAGGCCAGCCCGCCCGGGCCGCAGCAGCCCACCGACCCCGCCUCGCCCAGCGUGGCCACCACGCCCGAGCCCGCCGUGGCCGAGGCCGGCGACAAGAACGCCUCCAAGUCGGCCGACGACGAGCCCGAGUACGAGGACGGGCGCGGGUUCGGCAUCGGCGAGCUGGUGUGGGGCAAGCUGAGGGGCUUCUCCUGGUGGCCCGGGCGCAUCGUGUCCUGGUGGAUGACCGGCCGCUCCCGCGCCGCCGAGGGCACCCGCUGGGUCAUGUGGUUCGGGGACGGCAAGUUCUCCGUGGUGUGCGUGGAGAAGCUGCUGCCCCUGAGCUCCUUCGCCAGCGCCUUCCACCAGGCCACCUACAACAAGCAGCCCAUGUACCGCAAGGCCAUCUACGAGGUGCUGCAGGUGGCCAGCAGCCGGGCCGGGAAGAUCUUCCCAGCCUGCCCCGAGAACGACGAGAGCGACACGUCCAAGGUGGUGGAGAUCCAGAACAAGCAGAUGAUCGAGUGGGCCCUGGGCGGCUUCCAGCCCUCGGGGCCCAAGGGGCUGGAGCCCCCCGAAGAGGAGAGGAACCCCUACAAAGAAGUUUACACGGAGAUGUGGGUGGAGCCCGAAGCAGCCGCCUACGCGCCGCCCCCGCCCGCCAAAAAACCCCGCAAAAGCACAACCCAGGAGAAGCCCAAGGUCAAGGAGAUCAUCGACGAGCGCACCCGAGAGCGGCUGGUGUACGAGGUGCGGCAGAAGUGCAGGAACAUCGAGGACAUCUGCAUCUCCUGUGGGAGCCUCAACGUGACCCUGGAGCACCCUCUGUUCAUCGGGGGGAUGUGCCAAAACUGCAAGAACUGCUUCCUGGAGUGUGCGUACCAGUACGACGACGACGGCUACCAGUCCUACUGCACCAUCUGCUGCGGUGGCCGUGAGGUCCUCAUGUGUGGCAACAACAACUGCUGCAGGUGCUUCUGCGUGGAGUGCGUGGACCUGCUGGUGGGCCCGGGGGCGGCGCAGGCGGCCAUCAAGGAGGACCCCUGGAACUGCUACAUGUGCGGCCACAAGGGCGUCUACGGGCUGCUGCGGCGGCGCGAGGACUGGCCCUCGCGGCUGCAGAUGUUCUUCGCCAACAACCACGACCAGGAGUUUGACCCCCCCAAGGUGUACCCGCCGGUGCCUGCUGAGAAGAGGAAGCCCAUCCGGGUGCUCUCGCUCUUCGAUGGCAUCGCCACAGGGCUGCUGGUGCUGAAGGACCUGGGCAUCCAGGUGGACAGGUACAUUGCCUCCGAGGUGUGCGAGGACUCCAUCACCGUGGGCAUGGUGAGGCACCAGGGCAAGAUCAUGUACGUCGGGGACGUCCGCAACGUCACCCAGAAACACAUACAGGAGUGGGGCCCCUUUGAUCUGGUCAUUGGGGGCAGCCCCUGCAACGACCUGUCCAUCGUCAACCCGGCCAGGAAGGGUCUCUACGAGGGCACCGGGCGCCUCUUCUUCGAGUUCUACCGCCUGCUGCACGAAGCCCGGCCCAAGGAGGGCGACGACCGGCCCUUCUUCUGGCUCUUCGAGAACGUGGUGGCCAUGGGAGUGAGUGACAAGAGGGACAUCUCGCGCUUCCUGGAGUCCAAUCCCGUCAUGAUCGAUGCCAAAGAAGUGUCUGCAGCACACCGGGCACGCUACUUCUGGGGGAACCUGCCCGGCAUGAACAGGCCGCUCGCAUCCACCGUCAAUGAUAAGCUGGAGCUGCAGGAGUGCCUGGAGCACGGCAGGAUAGCAAAGUUCAGCAAAGUGCGAACCAUCACCACCCGCUCCAACUCCAUCAAGCAGGGCAAGGACCAGCACUUCCCCGUGUUCAUGAACGAGAAGGAGGACAUCCUGUGGUGCACGGAGAUGGAGAGGGUGUUUGGCUUCCCCGUGCACUACACGGACGUGUCCAACAUGAGCCGCCUGGCCCGGCAGAGACUGCUCGGCAGGUCCUGGAGCGUGCCGGUGAUCCGCCACCUCUUCGCGCCCCUGAAGGAAUACUUUGCCUGCGUCUAGAGAUGGGCAGGGACUGGCCACACUCACGGAGCGAGUCGGUAACAAACACAUCCACGCCAAGAGAAGUGAACACACGGAAUGAGAGAAGAGUCAGCACCCAGAAGAGAGACGGGAUUUCGCAGCCCGACGGGAACCCAGCACACGUCUCCCCGAGCGAAAGGGGUCGGUGUCCUCUCCGGAAUUUCCCAGGAUCAGCUUUAGCUAUUUAAAAACAAACAAAAACCACAAGAAGCAAACAAAAAAAAAAA